ACAGCAGCGCUGGGCGGGUCGUCGACGCGCACUCCUCGCUGCUCCGCCUAUUCCAAGACGCUAGUGGAAGAAAGGUUUUUUGUCGUGGUACAGCAUGAGAAGAAGACAUACCACCUCCAAUUUAUGUAUGUUCUUUUUUUCUUGAACAGUGUGAUGCGCCUAAGCGACGAAAAGUUAUGUAUAUGUGUAUUUUAAAAGCUGCAGUGUCGUAUGAGCCGCCUAAGAGCGCACCCAGGAGCAACACAAAGCGCGUCAAAGAAAUCUGAUUUCACUGGGAGACUUUUGUUUACACAGAAUGGAGCCUGAGCCACGUUUUCCUUAGCACGAGUGGCUAGGACAGUGCUGCAUACUCUUGACAUCUAGCUCACAGCACAACCAUUGGAGAGGGUGCCACAUGCGCAUAUUUAGGCUACUUGCCUGGCUGCCCAAUAGAGUUUUUGAAGAUUUUUUACUUAUUGGGAAAAAACAUAUGUUUGACUCCUGCAUUUUUGACAAAGUCACGUUGCUUGGCAUAGGCUGUAUAGGAAUGGAACAUUAGAAUAGUUAUUCUUGAUACUGGAACGAGUAAACAAGGUUUCCAAAAGUCAACAUGGAGAGCAGCGCGGACGAGAAGGAGAGCAGCCUCCCGAGCUCUGACAGUGACAGGCGCUUCGCCUUAAGUUACAUCGGCUGGACUACGUUGGACAGACGGACAACACUGCCCAUGCUGCCCUGGCUCGUGGCUGAUAUUCGCAGGAAAAGUGAGAAGGGCGACUGUGGGCCUCAAGUUCAGCCUAGGGAUGUCCAGCUGGUCCUCAACCCUCCUUUACUACGUUGUGUCCCCUCUAACAACAGCAACUCUUCCGUAUUCAUCUUUGAGCACAAAGCACAGCUCAUCUCUCGUUUCAUACACAACAGCAAUGAUCUCUCUUAUUUUGCCUAUCUCCUGCGAGGACAGCCUGACAACCCCGAGUCAGAGAUGUCCUGUCACGUCUUUAAGGCCUACGACCCCAACCAGGUUCCUGAAGUUAUCAGCAGGAUUCGACAAGCAUCCAAAUCCGUCCUUAAGGAAGAAACUAAUCCAAAACAGGAAACUGAAGAAGCGUUCUACAAUUCCCAAAAGUUUGAAGUGCUUUAUUGUGGCAAGGUAACAAUUGGUCAUAAAAAAGCUCCAUCUACCCUUAUUGAUGAUUGCAUUGACAAGUUUCGCCAGCAUGAGGUUGAACGUAAACGACUUCGGCUACUUAAUGGUCAGCGUGGGUCAACAGAUAACACAACAGUGGAGUUUUUCAUGGGCGCUGAGUCAGACCCUCUGUCCGCUGUUUUAAAUCCAAACACAGAAAACACCAAAGUGCCUGCAGUGGAUGACAUACCAUUAGGAGGAACAGGUAAAGCCGUAUCUAGCAGUGCUAGUCAAAGCAGUCUGCGUGGUACUUUCCCAGAGUGUAUCCUGGAGGACUCUGGUUUUGAGGAGCCUCAGGAGUUCCGUACUCGGUGCAGUAGCCUCGCAGGGAACCUACAGAGAAAACCUGGAGAAAAUGUCAUUCUAGCCCCCACACGGCGCCGCCAUGCUAGUGCUCCAAAUAACGUUCAGCCUUCUGACGCGGACAAAAAUCGCACCAUGCUUUUCCAGGUUGGGCGUUUUGAAAUAAACCUUAUAAGUCCGGAUAGUAAGACAGUGGUGCUAGAGAAGAACUUCAAAGAUAUCUCAUCGUGCUGUCAGGGUAUAAAGCAAACUGAUCAUUUUGGAUUUAUUUGCCGGGACCAGUGUGAAGGUGGUCCUAGUCAGUAUACCUGCUAUGUGUUCCAGUGUGCCAGUGAGUCUCUGGUGGAUGAGGUGAUGAUGACACUGAAGCAGGCUUUUAGUACAGCUGCUGCCCUACAAAGCAAUAAGACCCCGAUCCAGCUGUGUGAAGCAUGCCCCAUGCAUGACCUACACAAGCUCUGUGAGAGGAUUGAAGGUCUCUACCCACCUAGAGCAAAGCUAGCUAUCCAAAAAUAUCUUUCCCAGCUCAAUGACAAUGAGCAAGCUGAGAUUUUUGAGCGAGUCCAGAGGCAGAAGCCAUCUUCAGAUCAAGAGGAAAAUGAGCUGGUAAUUAUCCAGCUAAGACAACUGUGUGAAUUAAAGCAAAAAACCCACUCACACCUCGGAGAUGCUCCUCAGAAUGCAGCCAGUAGCUCACAAGCUGGAGAUGGAGCAACCAGUGGCAGUCGUUUCAAACUCGACGUUCUCAAGAAUAAGGCUCGCUCUUCCCUCACCAGUUCACUGGAGAACAUCUUUGCACGGGGUGCCAGUCGGAUGCGGGGUCGUUUAGGAAGUAUAGGAAGUAUUGGAAGCUUUGAUAGGCAGGAUGAGGAGUCUCCAGACCACUCACCUCCUGGUUCCCCUCCACACUUUCCUGAUGAUGACCCAGAAGCUGGCAUCCAGUUUCGGCGGCGUGCUCACACCUUCAGCCAUCCACCUGUGAAGAAGCGCAUUUCCUUCGAGAGUCACCCCUCCUCUCAGAGUAAACACGCCCCUCUGCGCAGACAACAGUCAGUCAACCCUGAGCUGCUGCAGAGCAGUCCUGUGGCUGUCUCAAGAACACGCAGUGUUUCGGAGAGUGACUCUACCUUCAGCCUCCCCACCUCCUUCUCCGCCCCCACUUUCCUGAAAAGCAUUUACCAGGGCUCCCUGAGUUCCCUCAGCUCCCUGGCAGACAGUGGGAGCAACAAGAGCAAUGGCGAAGGGAGGAAGAGGACUUUGUCAGGCUGCAGUACUGACUCCCUGAGCACUCUCCCUCUGACCCCACGUCGCGUCUCCUGGAGGCAGAAGAUCUUCAUGAGAGUGGCGUCUCCCAUGAACAAGCCACCGAUGUCUAUGGAGCACCCAGACCACUCUGACACUUCUGAGCUGCUGCCGCUAUCUCCUUGUGCUCUGGUCUCUGGUCUGGAUCCAUUUGGUCGACUGGAGCCCAUAGGCGGGGACCAUGCUCCUGGAGAGAGGCCCAAGAGGACUGCAGUAGAUUACAGGAUGCUCUGGAAGACUGCCAUUCACCAACAGAUCCUGCUGCUGCGCAUGGAGAAGGAGAACCAGCGCCUCGAAGCAAGCCGUGAUGAGUUGCACAUUCGUAAGAUGAAACUCAACUAUGAGGAGGUGGGCCAGUGUUCAAAGGAUGCUCAGGCAUUGUGGGAGAAGAAACUAUGUGCCCCAGGCAGAACCACAGUCCCACAAGAUAAAGAGGAGAUGUACCGCGCUCUCUGUCAAGGUGUUCCAAAGAGCCGUCGAGGAGAAGUGUGGCUCCUUCUCUCUCAUCAGCACCGACUGCGACACAGACUUCCCCAGCGACAACAAGCCCCUGACACCCCAUAUCGAGAUUUGCUCAAGCAGCUCACAGCACAGCAGCAUGCCAUCCUGGUGGAUCUUGGUCGGACCUUUCCCACCCAUCAGUAUUUUUCCGCUCAGCUUGGUGCUGGACAGCUCUCCCUCUAUAACCUUUUGAAGGCCUACUCUUUGCUGGACACAGAGGUUGGCUAUUGUCAGGGAAUCAGUUUUGUAGCUGGAGUGCUGCUGUUACACAUGAGUGAGGAACAGGCCUUUGACAUGCUAAAGUUCCUCAUGUACGACCUGGGCAUCCGACGCCAGUACAGACCUGACAUGAUCUCUCUGCAGAUUCAGAUGUACCAGCUCUCUAGACUGCUACAUGACUAUCACCGCGGCCUGUACAAUCACUUUGAGGAACAUGAGAUCUGCCCAAGUCUCUACGCUGCUCCGUGGUUUCUGACACUGUUUGCUUCUCAGUUCCCUCUUGGCUUUGUUUCUCGCCUGUUUGAUUUUGUGUUUGCCCAAGGGACUGAGGUGAUCUUUAAAGUCGCCCUGUGCCUUCUAAGUAGCCAUGAGAGUGAAAUAGUCAAGUGCGAUAACUUUGAGAGUAUAGUGGACUAUCUGAAAACUACACUCCCCUCACUCAAUCAGACACAGAUGGAGCAGACCAUAGCAAAGGUGAUGGACAUGGAUAUCUCCAAACAGCUGCAUGCGUAUGAAGUAGAGUACCAUGUUCUGCAGGAUGAGAUGUUAGAUACUGGACCACUUCCUGAUGACUCUGAACGCCUUGACAAACUAGAGAAGACCAACGCACAGCUGAAGAAACAAAACAUGGAUUUACUAGAAAAGCUACAGGCGGCCCGUCAGAAGAUCCAGUCCCUGGAGACCAGCGUGGAUAACUUCCUUUCUCGGGAGAGCAAAAUGAAGCACAUGAUCCGCUCUCUGGAGCAGGAGAGGGCAGCCUACCAGAAGACCAUUGAACGCAUGCGCUCGUGCCUUCCCCCUGACGCCCUGACAGAUGUUGAGAUGACCCAGAUCAAAACAGGACCAAAUGGGAAAGCCAAAACUGCAGCCAAGAAGCCAUGAUGACAACCAUGGGCAGAUGCACACACAGAAGUGAACAAAUAGACAUUGUGUUUGAAAAGACUGCGGGGAUUUUUUACAGCUGUUAAAAUGCUGUACAAGCUUUCACAUGAUGCUUGGAGUGGAGGCCUCCAGGCUGUAUGCUUUAAUUGUAUACGUCAAAAGGUAACAGGAAGAAGAAGAAGAUGUUUUCAGUUACAAUGGCCACAUCAAGCAAACUUUUUUUUUGAAGAGAACCAGGGAAUUUCAAGCCACUACUUAGAAAAAACAUUUUGAAAACAACACUGCCUUGAUGAAUUUUUGUAGCACUACAACAGCAAUGAACAGAAACAAUCUUGUAGACUUCAGGGUCAAUCUCCAGCCAUUACCUAUGUCAACAUGUUUUUAUGACUUUGAAUGUGAGAGCUUAGAUUUAUGAACUAGCUUUAUUUUUCUUCACUUGAAAUAUGUCUAAUCAUUAUUUUGUUUAUUGAAGCAUUACACAUCUGUCAGUUCCAGCCCACACAUUAUCUGAUCUUGUAGUGCUCACCACUGCCUUGUGCACUGUACAUGUGAUUGUACGUGCUGCUUAAAAGGAGGAAGUGUUUCUUCCAGAGCUGGGGCAGGAUGUGAGAUUGUCUGCAGUCUCAGUUUCCUGUGCGACUGACCGCCGUGUCGCCCUGUUUUAGCUUCUUGUUGAGACUCUGAGGCAAAGUUCACACUAUGCAGGAAGCUCCGAUAUAGAGGGAGCAUACACACGUCUGAAGGUGAAAUGAAUGUAAUACAGUACUGUAAAAGCAAAGAUCUUUUUUAAUCUGAAUCUCAAAUAAGCCUGUUGUUAUACAUUUACAAACAGUGGGUUUUGUAUCAAUCAACAUUUCAAGAUAAUGCAUAUCUUCAAUCACUGGUAAUUUUACAGUACUGUGCAAAGUUUUUUGUAUUUAAAAACUACAAAAUGUCAACAAAUCUUAAAGGAGUUAGAUACAGACCAAACUGAAUUUAAUUAAUGCAGUAUUUUCAGUAAAACAAGCAUUAAGCAAAAUAUAGUGUAAGUUGGGCAAUUGUAUCCAUUUUGUGAAAAUAACUCAAGCUUUUGCACAGUACUAUACAUUGCAAUUGUGAGUCUCAGCCUAGCAUAUUUACUGAUGGUUUUGACAGUUCGAGUGAGUUCACAGCUUGUCCCUGGAUGCGUUUUAUGUUAUGGUUCUGUUUGUCUGACUACUGCCAGAAAGGGAAUCAGCCCAGGUUAUACUGUCAUUAGAAGCUAAGUGAUAACUGUCACAGAAAAGCACUCAGUGUCUGUCAGUCGUCCUGUCCUUGAGAUUUGUUUGCACUGGAGUUAUCUGUCAUGGCAGUAUGCUUGGACAUAUACUUUUCUUUAGUAAACUGGGCUUGUCUGAGCAUCCACACAGUGCACAUGCCUCAUUUGGCUACAGCUAAUUGAAGGAGAUACAGCCUGACGUUUGCUGUCAAAGUGAUAUGUUCUUUGGGUAAUUGAGGUGACAUGGCAAACCUUUGCACCAAACUUCUCAUUAAUAAUAUAGAAAAAGGCUUUCCUCUGAACAGCAGGAAUCCUCUCUGUAGAUUUGUUUCUCUCUUAGCACUUGUCAAUGUGUCAAAGGACCGGCUGAAAAACAAAUAUUUCUAAAUUUCAAUAUUUCAUUUGUAGAAAUAUUGAAAUGUAUAAACAAAUAACCAAAGAAGUAUUCAAAAGGAUUCAGAAUAUGUGUCUUGGUUACCACAGUUAAAUUAUGUUAGAGUUAUAAUACGUUCAGUUUCUUUUUCUACGUUUCCCUAUGUUUAAGGCUUUCCGUUCAGCUAUUGCUUUAUAUCAAACAUGGAACUUAAUUGUAAGAGAUGAUUUUCAGUAUUUUGAUUUGAUUGAGAUUUCAAACUCUCAGUUCACGUAACAAUGAAACUGCCUUGACUUGAUUCAAUAAACCUCACCUUUUCUUGUUA